AUCAUGUAAAAGAAUGAAAUUACGUGAUUCUGUUUACGUUAAAAGAUAGCAUAUGAGUAUUAUAGUAAAAUUGAUCGUAAUGAUGUAACAUUUAAAAUGAAGUUUUUUGACGGUAAUAGAAAAUUUAAUAAAUAUCCAGGAAAGCAUAAGUAACGUUUUUCAAUAGCUAUACAUAAUGUUUAUAUAAUAUGUAACGAUCGUUAACUUUUCUGAAAUAUUUGAUGACAUAACGAAAAAUAAUUAAAGAAUAUAUUAAAAUAGAAAGUGAAUGAUUCCUGAUCAUCACUAUGUGCGGAGACGCCCACAUCAAAGAGCAAUGGCAACUUUUGCAAAACCUUCGAUCUACGGUAGAAGGUUUAUUGGUCGAUGGUGUUUUAAACGUAUGGGAUGUUUACGGUGGUUUAAAUCGUCUUCACAAUGUAAUGGAAAGGAUAUUCAAACAUGGCUGUCGAAUAUUUAAUCGAAAUGGAGAACCGGAUUGUUGGAUUUUUAUUCAAGGAUUAAAUUGGCUGCAGCCCUCUGUAGCAUUGUCACCUGUUGUUCCUGAAACAGAAGAUUAUCUUUCAAAUUUACCAACUCGAAUUGUCUCACACAAAGAUAUGUUAUGGCUGUACAAGAGUUUAGAAAGUCAUUCUUUGUCACAUAAGCUUCCAUGGCUUUUGUCUGAUAAGGAACAUUUACUUUCUUGUUUUGAACCAUGGGCAUUUUUGUGUCAAGAAAACUUAGCUGAAGCCACACUCUUAUGUUUAAGAGCAGUUGAAAGAAACCAACCUACAUUGCUUACAGAAAUUGAUCCAUCCUUGUUUUUACCUUGUUGGAUUUCUCCUAAAACAAGUCCAAAGAGACAUCGUCGAUCUUCUUCAUAUCCAAUUAAUUUCUCAACAAUAAAUCUUAGUGUUGCAAGAGAUAAAGUAAUACAUAUUGAGAAUUGUCAAUUAGAAUCAUUAAAAAUAGCUUCAGACAACAAAAUUAUGCAACAUGAUGAUGUUAAAUCUAAUGAAAAAUAUGAAGAUAAAUCAUUAGAUUCUAAAGAAAUUAAUGAUAUACCUUUGAAAAGUUGGAGUAGUCUUUCAGUACUGACUAAAAAUUGUACAUCUGUAGAAAAAAGUGCUUCUGCAUCUUCAUCAUGUGUUGCAAAGAGUAGUUCACAUAAAAGUAAUGAUCCUCAAACAUCUCCUGUUGAAUUAUCAAAAAUAAUUAAUGUAAAUUAUGCCGAAUUAAAACAUUCAACAUCAAAUGUGGAUAAUAAACAACUUGUAAAGCCAAGGACUCCUGUAAGGAAAGUACAAAACAAAACUAAAGCAAAACAGAAUCAAAGUAUGAAGAAAUCUAGCGAAGAUUCUGAUGUGUUAAAUUCUGAGGAUACAUCAAUAAAUGCAGUAGAAGAAUACCGGAUUCCUUCUUUUAUACCAAAUGAAGGAAAUCCAAAUGCAUAUAACACAAAUUCUACAGAAAUUAGAAUUUCUCAAACGCCAAGAAGAAAAACUUCUCUUUUAUCAGGUUCAGCGCCUGAAUUCACUAGUCCAUGGAAUUUAGAAAUUGAAGGGCAAAAAGAUAUAAGAACAGCAAAGAAGAGUUUCAUGGAAGAUGGAGGAAGCAGUGUUCAACCUAUGGCAAUAGGAUAUUUUCCGCGUCCAACAGAAGGUCAAAGUUUAACAAAUUUUUUAGCUUCUGCACAAUUUUCUAGAGCAAAUGCUGAAUUGGACAGAGAAAACGCACAUUUCAGUGUUUCCGAAGCAAUGAUAGCUGCCAUAGAACAAGUAAAAUGUAAUAGGCAAUGGCGUCUUAUGGAAGAAGCAACUGAAGAAAGCGACGAAGAAAUAAAUAGCUUAAAACAGAGGAUACGAUUAAGACGGCGUCAGCGACAGGAAGAGCGGUACAAAGGAAGGACGUGGAAUCGCGAACUACUGAGUGAUGGCAAAACUGAUACUACAACCACUGAUCAAAGUGUUAGUCCAUUAUCAACUUCGUCUGAUGCUCCCUCAGAAAAUAUAUCUACAGAUGACAUAGAAGAUUUAGAAGUGGAUGACGAGCGAAAUGCAGUAAAACUUAAAAAUGCUGGAAUUUCCAUAUCCAUGGCAUCUUUAUAUUCAGAUGCAGAUUUGUAUCAAUCAUCCCCUGCACAUGGAACAGAAUCAACUUUAACUGAGAGUAGUAUGUCCGCGGAAGGGGUAGCUUUGUCACUUCUUAGUAAAUUUAGUGAGAAACAAUUACCGAGAGCGAGUGAAUUACAAUGGCUGGUCUCUGAAAAGGAUGUACCACAAAGAUUGUUACCAUUACCAAAAAGUUGGCCAAUAAAUCCAGAUGAUGCAGAAAAUUCACAGUCAAUUCCUCUGCGUGGAACAACAGAAUGGGCUCCACCAAGACCUCAAAUUAUUUUUACAUCACAUCCUCCACCAGUGCGACGGACUCUUAUAGCCAAACAGAAUUACAGGUGCGCAGGAUGUGGAAUGAAGGUUGCAAUAAAAUAUGCAAAUAAAUUUCGUUACUGUGAGUAUUUAGGUAGAUAUUUCUGUACUGGAUGCCAUACUAAUCAGGUAGCAUUAAUACCAGGAAAAAUUUUAACUAAGUGGGAUUUUAACAGAUAUUCUGUAUCAAACUUUUCAUAUAGACUGUUGGAUCAAAUGACAUCAGAUCCAUUAUUUCAAAUAAAUGACUUAAAUCCAUCAUUAUAUAGACGAAUAAAACAAUUAGCCAGAACAAGAUUAUUACGUUUACAAUUAUUUUUCUUUAAAGAUUUUCUAUUUACAUGUCGAUUUGCGACAAGUGUUCAAGAUAUACUGAAGAAGGAACCAAAUUAUAUAAUAAGUGAACCCCAUGUAUAUUCCAUUCAAGAUCUGAUGCAUGUUAAAUAUGGUAUCUUGCCAAUGAGAUUGCAAGAAUUAGUUGAAAUGUGUAAUAUGCAUAUUAUGGGCUGUGAGAUCUAAUCUUGUUUUUAGCUAUGCCAAGCUAGGGGAUUUGUAUGUGAGCUAUGUCGUUCCAAAGAUGUCAUAUUUCCGUGGGAAUUCACAAAAGUUAGUAGAUGUGAAAUGUGUGGUGCAUGUUUUCAUAAUGAAUGCAAGCAGAAUUUUAAUAAAGUAGAUUGUCCACGCUGCAUUCGUUUACAUGAUAGACGAAUAUCUAGAGAACAAUUUUGACAUACGGUAAGAUUAUCUUGUGUCAUAUUUUUAGAUAUAAGUAUCGAAUUAAUAAUUUAUAAAUUUCAUUUAAAUUAUUAUUUGUAAAAAAAA